AUGUUUUCCGAAUAUGCCUCCAAGUUCCUCUCCCAGUCUCAGUCGCGGCUGUCGCUGGGCGGUCAGCAAGAGUCGACCUACAACAGCCGCAACCCCUCGGACAGACAACGACCCUCUUCGCGCGCCGCCCAAGCCUACCUCCAGCGUCGCAACAUGCCGAACCCUUACAACUCGCAAGCCGCGUCGCGCUUCGCCUUCGCAUCGCGGACCUCGAACGCACCCGCUCCGCUGUUCUACUCGGCUACAGACGACUUCCGGGAAGAGGACGACCAUGUGGAGCACGACCGCGAAAUGGCCGACCACUAUGCGCUGCAGCGGUCACGGCGGCAGUUCGGCGCCAGCAACCUGUCCGAGUCAUCUGAAGUCGAAGACGAUGGGAUAUACCGCUCAGACCACACAAUAGAAGCCGACCGCGGCGAAAACGAUGCGCCUGGCUACGGGCUGGGAGGCGGAAUUAAGAGCUCUUGGAAGGGCGAUAGGCCAGCGCGGGGGAGAUCGAACACGGCGAGACAUGUAGACGACGAAGAGCGAGACUCGAGCAUCCCGUUAUCAGAAUCAACAGAUCCGAGCAGCAGGGGAAGAGACCGACUGGUAGAUGUGGAGCUCGAGUCCACUGACCGGGACAAUGUUGUACCAGAGAAUCCCACAAUACCGCCGCGGCACAACUUCUUCUGGGCUGAGCUCUUCAUAAUCAUACAGUGCGCCAUCAUUGGCGUCUUUUUCAUUUCACUGCUUCAGGAAUCGCCGCCAAGUAGGAAGAACCCCAUCGGCGAUACCAUCUACACCGUCCUGCGCUCGUCCUUCCACCUCAUCGGCGUUUACUCGCUGGUGUCGAUUGUGGUUGGACUGCUAUGGCUAUCGUUGCUACGCUCCUUUGCGCGACCCCUGGUGAUGCUCAUCCUGGUCGCUGUACCGGUCAUUUCGUUCUCCUUCUUUCUGUACCCAUUCAUAUCGAGCUUCAAAGGCUCAUGGCAUGGUGAUAGCAUGCAGGACAAAUUCAUGCGCUGGCUUUCGGUCGGUCCGUUGGCUCUCACUGUCUUCUGGAUCUACACUGCGUUCAAAGGACGGCAUUCUUUGGACAAGGCAGCUGGCAUGUUGGAGUUUUCUGGCGAAAUUCUGCGAUCGCAGUUUCCACUGCUCAUGGUCGGCAUCGCCACACUUGCAGCAGUCAUCCUCUGGUCUUGGAUCUGGAUCCUCAUGUUUACACGCCUCUUCCUCGGCGGCCACUUCACCGGCAACAAGUCGCGCUGGAUCAUCGACGCCAGUACAUGGUGGCUCGGCGUAGCUUUCUUCCUCGACUACUUCUGGACCCUGGGCGUUAUCGCCGGUGUUCAACGCGCAACUACCGCAGCUACAGUCUCCCAAUGGUACUUCCAUCGCAACAGCGUCCCCGCGCCGCCCGCGUGGACCGUCGUCCAAGCUUCUCUCAGCCACGCAACAUACACGAUGGCUGGCACAAUCUGCAUGUCCACACUCCUCACCCUCCUCGUGCGCUUGCCCCUUAUCGUCUUACCCCGCCGCAUCGCAGGCAUGAUCAGCAUGUGCGCAUAUAGCAUGAUCCCCACCCCGAUCGCCGCAAUGACGAACCCGCUCACUCUCACAUUCGCAUCCAUCCACGGUGUCCCACUCAGUCAAGCUGCCCGUGGUCUUAGCCAAUUGAGCUUCAUCUCUCCAGAUUCACCAACCACGACGCUCGGCCCGAGAGACUUCAAGAACAACACACGCCCCUCGAUGCAGUCUUACCGUCUGGCUAAAUUGCUGCUUCACGCUAUUCGCUGGGUCAUUACGCUCUCCCUUGGUUUUGGCGGCUGGGUUAGCACGGCACGCAUGCUGCAGGUUGGCGGGAGCGUGCCGUAUAAAGGCAGUCUGUAUGCAUACGUUGUCGGAUUGAUCAGUGCGGCCAUUGGAUGGGGUGCGUUAGGCGCUAUGGAGGGCGUGCUGGGUGGAAUCCUUGACGCAGUGCUUGUCUGCUGGGGCAGUGAAGUGGGCAGGGAUGGCGAGGGCGAAGCGCGGUAUUGUGUUGACGCAGGGAGGUUGUUCGGGAACGAGGUCAUCGGGCAGAGUGUGGGUGGAAGGGGGAGGUGGGAUGUCUAA